CUUCAUAACCGCGGCCGUCAACAACAUCCAUCCGAUGACUACGUGAUAUGCCAUACGAAACAAUGUAGACGCCUCAAGCACUUCCGCACCCGUUAUCGCUCUUACAGCCCCUCGUCCCAUCUCCGGAUGCCCCCAACAAUGACAUACCAGAACCUCACCAUCGAGCGGCACGGCCAAGUCUUUGUCCUAACUCUACGCAAAGCCCCCGAGAACCGCAUCGACUCAGGCUUCGCUCAGGAAAUCAUCCGCGCGCUUCGCGACAUUGAGAAGGAACUGGGCCCGGGCGCUGAGGGCUGUGUCAUUACACGAGGCAGCGACGAGAAGUUCUGGUGCACAGGCCUCGACCUCGACGAACCAGACACAAACCCACAUGCCAACACCGACGGCUUCUACCCGCUCCUAGCCACGCUGCUGGACUAUCCCUUCCCGACCAUUGCCCUGCUCACCGGCCACACCUUCGGCGGCGCAUGCCCCCUUGCCCUCGCGCAUGACUAUCGCAUCAUGAACGCGUCGCGCGGUCUCUUUUCCAUGCCGCCUGUCAACCUGGGGCUGCAUUUUGAGGGUAUCGGUGCGCUGCCGCGGCUCAAGCUGCAUCCGCAAAUUGCGCGCAAGAUGCUCCUGGAGGCGCACAGAUGGACGGGCAAGGAGGCCGUGCGGGAUGGUGUUGUCGACGAGGUUGUCCAGCCGGGCCAGAUGCUGGAGCGGGCGCUGGAGAAGGCCAGGGAGGUACAGGGUAGGAGUAAGAUGGGGGUGUUUAGUUUGUUACGGGGGGAGUUGUACGGAGAGGCGGCGGAGAGGUUGAGGAAGAUCAGUUAUGUGCAUGGGAAAGUGGUUAUGAGGGCUUCUGGGGCGAAGAUCUAAGUGGUAUAAUAUGCCUUGGUAGGUAUCCUGUCGAUUAUAUGGGUAGGUCAAGAAAGUGAGGUAGGUAUAUAUGUAUAUAUAUGCGUCUUAAUCUGUCCAUAAAGUCAAU